UAAAGAGGUAGUUCGUUUUGUUGAGAAUAAAAAAUGGCGCUACAGUUUGUGAAACAGCACCACUUACGAGGUUUACAGAACGGGACAACAACCUUAACUUUCCUUUCAUUGUUACGAAAUCUGAAGCUCCCAGGAACAGUGAGAUGGGUCAGUGGUGAAAUACCAGUUAAGUCUUCCUUUAGAAGCUAUGCUACUGCAAAAUCAGAAAGGAUUAUACCAAUCAAAAAGAAAAAGAGGCUGGAUGAAGUAUGCCUUGAAAGGUAUCAGCAAUAUAGUCGAUCCAUCAUCCAGUCAUGGAUUUUGCAAGGAAAAGUAUAUGUGAAUGGGAAGGUGAUUAAUAAAGCCGGUACUCCUGUUUCUGAUAAAUCUGUAGUGGAGAUAAUAGCUGAAGUUCCCAAAUAUGUAUGUAGAGCUGGUCAUAAGCUGGAAGGUGCCAUUGAACAGCUCGGUAUCGAUGUUGCUGGUAAAGUGGCUCUUGAUUCUGGGCUGUCGACUGGAGGUUUUACUGACUGCUUACUUCAGUAUGGCGCAUCACAUGUUUAUGGGGUUGACGUAGGUUACGGACAGGUAGCAGAGAAAAUCCGAAGAGAUGAACGGGUGUCUAUAAUAGAGCGGACAAAUUUAAGGUAUCUCAAGGAACUCCCACAAAAUGUUGAUUUGGUCACCCUAGACCUUUCAUUCAUCUCUAUUCUUACGGUCAUGCCUGCUGUGGUAAAUGUAAUGAAGGAAGAUGCUGCAUUAGUGACAUUGGUUAAACCGCAAUUUGAAGCUCGAAGAUCUCAAGUGGGAAAGGGAGGGAUAGUGAAAGAUCCUCUAGUCCAUCAAGAGGUUCUUGAAAAGAUUACAAAGGGAGUCGAGAGUUUUGGUUUCUGCAGCAAAGGUUGGAUCGAGUCCCCUCUCAAAGGUGCCGAAGGUAAUACAGAAUUUCUUGUUCACUUCAGCAGAAUCCGUAACAAAGAUUCUAAAAAUCAUGAAGAAACUAAAGAAUCUAAGCUUGAUGAUGCAUUUCUUCAAUCUUCCGAGAAUCAUGAAGAAAUUAAAGAAUCUGAGCUUGAAGAUUCUAAAAAUCAUGAAGAAACUAAAGAAUCUAAGCUUGAUGAUGCAUUUCUUCAAUCUUCUGAGAAUCAUGAAGAAAUUAAAGAAUCUAAGCUUGAUGAUGCAUUUAUUCAAUCUUCCGAGAAGUAGCAGCAGGUGGGAGAGUUGUAUUCAUGUAUACUAAUGAGUCAUUGAAUAGCAGUAAUGGAAUUUUGUAUGAACCAUUAAAACAAAUGAACCAUUAUUAGUGAGAGAAUGGGAUGAGUAAUAUGAAUGUUGGAAUUUGAUUGAACCAUGUCAUCUUGAUUCAAAAGCUGGAUAUUUCUUUGAACUGAUUCUUGCUA